AUGUCCCUUGGGCCCCUCAGCCCCAAGCAGCUGCUGCUCUUGGGAUCCGGCUUCUCUCUCCUCUCCCCUGCCGCCCCGCAGACGCUGCUGGCCAGGGCCCUGUACGACAACCAGGCCGAGGGCCCCGAGGAGCUGGCCUUCUGCAGAGGGGACGUCCUGGUGGUCGUGGCGCAGGACGUGGCCGGGGGCGAGGGCUGGUGGCAGUGCCUCCUGCACGGGAGGUCGGGCCUGGCCCCCGCCAACCGCCUGCAGGUCCUCCCAGGCAGGCCGGCCCCGACGAUGGGACCCUCGGGGUGGGCCCGGCCCCCGCCCCCGGACGGCCGCGCCGAGCACGGCUACCAGACGCCCGCUGCAGGGCCCGUGUACGAGCCCAUGAAGGGCUGGGUGGAGGGGCCACCCUCGGCCCAAGUGUACGUGCUUCCCGGCCCCCCUGCGCCAGGGAGCACUCCCGGAGGAGCUCAGGGGAGCACCUGGAACGGCGGGGAGCGGCCCCGGGUCGGCGCCAGAAUCGUGUGUGAGAAGAUGGGGCGGCUGCCACAGCAGGAAAGUCCAAGUGUCCCCCUGGUCCUCCCCCAGGAGCCAGCAGGGCAGUGGCUCUACGACGUCCUUCCGCAGACCCCGAAGUCAGCACUGGGCGCCCACCACGCAAACGGGCAGGCCGACCCCCCGACACCGAUGACCCUCCUGCGGCCGGGCAGCUACAGCACGCUGCCGACCCCCCCGAAGCCCGAGUGGGUCUACGACAUUCCGGGGCCUCCCCAGCCGGCCGGCGCCCGAAACCGCCCCCUCACCGCCCUGUGCGUGGGGGGGCAGGGGCCCCGCUACCGAGUGCCGCCCAGCUUCCAGGGCCCCCGCCAGGAGGCGCAGAACACCCGGCCCAACGUCUACGACCUGCCCAGAGGCCGGGAGGGGGUCCCACCUCCAGGGAGAGCGCCCAGGAAGACCCCGGGGGCGGCGGCGUCGGAGAAGUGCCCCGAGCUCCAUCCCGCCUGGCCGGGCCCCGAGCUGGACCGGGCCUCGGUGUCCAGCCCGGGCAGCAGAGCCAGCGUCUCCUCCUCCUGCUCCUCCGUGUCCACCGAUUCCUCGUCUGGCUCCUGCUGCGAGGACGUGGCCCGGGAGCCGCCCGGGGACCUGAGCACGGCCAGGGAGGUGGUGACGGGCCUCCAGCAGCAGGUGGCCGGCUCGGUGGCCGGCCUCAUGCUCUUCGUCAGCCGGACGUGGAGGGUCCGAGACCACCUGGAAGCCAACAUCACGGCCAUCCGCCGCGCGGCCGAGGGCGUGGAGGAGGCCUUGGGAGAGUUCCUGGAGUUCGCCCAGGGGGUCCGCUGGGCUGCCGCCCGCCACCUCGCCGACGGCGUCCUGCAGGCCAGGAUCAGGGACCAGCUCCAGACCAUCUCUGACGCCCACCGGGUCCUGCGGGAGAGCAAGGGCGCCCUGGAGAGCUCCGACUGGUCCCCGGACGUGCUGGCCACGGACAAGCUCCAGAACCAGCCUGACGACCUGGAGCGGUUCGUCACGGCAGCGCGGAUGGUUCCGGAAGACAUCAAGAGGUUCGCGUCCAUGGUCAUCGCCAACGGGAGGCUCCUCUUCGGGGAGCACGGCGAGCGGGAGGAGCCGGAGCCCCCAGCCCCCAGCGCAGAGCCGGGGCUGGAGAAUCGAGUCCUGCUCCUCCCCAGGGGGAUGGAAUCCCCCCCGAGGCACGCUCCUUCCUCUGAGCAGGGAACAGCGGUGCCCUGCCCCGGACUCCCGAAAGGAAAGGGGCCCGGCACCCGCCACCAGAAGCUGUCGAGCCUGGAGGGGGAGGAAAAGCCACCCUCGAAGCCGCGGCUGGAGGGGGACAGUGAGUCGGACACGCAGCACCCUGGCGCCGUCCUCCCCGGGCCCCCGAGGCCGCAGGAAGCCCGGAAGAGGGUCCAGCUCUCGGAGCACUGCCGCCUCUACUUCGGGGCCCUGCUCAAGGCCAGCGGCGUGCUGGGCGGCAGCCUGCAGUCCGGCCAGCCACCCGAGGUGUUCAUCACACAGAGCAAGCUGGUCAUCAGGGUGGGCCAGAAGCUGGUGGACACGCUCUGCCGGGAGACGCAGGACCGGGACACGCGCAACGAGAUCCUGGGGGCCAGCAGCCAGCUGUGCGGGCAGCUCCGGGACGUGGCGCUGGCCACCAAGCGCGCCGUGCUGCAGCACCCCUGCCCGGCCGCCCGUGCCCAUCUCCUGGCCGAGCUCCGGCUGCUGGAGCAGAAGGCGCAGCAGUUCCGGGCCAACCUGGAGUGAGGCCCCGCCCCGGGCCUCCCAGAGGGGCUCGGGCAGAGCGGUGCCCGUCCCCAGGGCCCUCGGGACACGGAUGUCCCCCAGGGAUGGGGGUCAGCAAAGCCAGAGCAUCGAGAGGCUCCACGCAGGAAGGGACGUCCCAGAACCCCACAUCUAAGCUGGGCCGGGCGCCUCUCCCAAGCCCUCCCUUCCGUGUCUAUUUAUUGGGGA